AGCCGACUCAGAGGCCUCGAUAUGCACGUCGAUUGAUUGAAGCAGAGCGCCAGCCCAAACCCAGCACCCUCACGCGGUGCACGCCACUGACGCUCUCGUCUCGCCGCCGCAGCAGCAAUAGCAUCAACCCAGCCCAGAGGUCGGCGGCCGCGUGUGCGUCCGGCGCCGACCGCGCCCUCACCGGCAUUCCGCGCCGCUGAUCCGUGCUCCCGCUCCCGCUCCUGCGCCCUCGUUAAGGAGCCAGGUUCCGCUCGGUAUUGAAGCCCGCGCCCGCCAUUAGAAAAAGGGAAGCGGAGGAAACAACCGCUCGGUUUGAUUUGGUUUCGCUCCCCACUGCUCCCGCUCGAGUCGCAGCAACUGCACGAAUUUUGCCUGGCAUCAAGUUUUUAAUACAUUCUGCAACUACUGAAAUGGGUGCUAGGGAGAAUGUGGAAGAGAGAAAUGACCAUUCGAGUGAUGUGGAGCAAGAUGGUAAACAAGGGAAGGGAGCUGAAUCAGACUACGAAGCAGCUAGAGAUUCCCUUUCAUCUCAAGGUGAGGCUAACUGUAAUGAGGAUACUAAAGUGAAAAGAGUCUCAAGGGUUCCGAAGAAGCUAGCAAAGAAAGAGUUGAAGUUAAACAGCCCACGUUCAGCCAGAAGUAAUUCCGCUCGUCUAGUCAACACUAAGCUGCAAUAUAUUUCACCAAACAAGAACAAAUCACCAAGGCCAAGCCAAGUGGAUAAUGGUGCUAAAACUCUGGAAGUACAAAAGCCUGAAACUGUGGAAGUUCCUUCUUGUCCUUCAUCUGAUGUUUCGGAGGAAACAAAUGAUAAAGCUAUUGAGGGCGGAACCAUUGAUGAUAAAGUCACUGAUGAUAAGGCCAAUGAGCACAGAGAGACCAAUGAUGCGGUCAUUGAGGGUAUAGCGACUGAUCAUAAGGCCAAUGAGGACAAACUGACCGACGAUAAGGCCAUUGAGGGUAUAUCUACACAUGAUAAGGCCACCGAGGUUAUAGCUACAAAUGACAACACCAUUGAGGGCAUAGGGACCGAUGAUGAGGGCAUUGAGGGUAUAGCGAUUGGUGAUAGGGCCACUGAAGAGGCUAAGGAGAUUGAUGUAUUGGACGAAGCUCCAAACUGUGAUCAGAGUACUGGUACUGAGGAUGAAAUCGCUGAUACCGAACAAAACAUACUUGAUGAAGACAAAUCAGUUGGGUAUGAAAAGAAUGAUGAAAAGUUCGAGGAACUAGAAUCAAAAAUUGAAAAGCUAGAACAAGAGCUACGUGAAGUUGCUGCCCUCGAGGUUUCUCUCUACUCUAUUGUGCCAGAGCACGGGUGUUCGUCACAUAAGUUGCAUACACCAGCUCGGCGUCUGUCUAGGUUAUACAUUCAUGCAUCAAAAUUUUGGUCCCCAGAGAAGAAAGCAUCUGUUGGGAAAAACUCUGUUUCUGGACUUGUGCUUGUUGCAAAGUCUUGCGGCAAUGAUGUUUCAAGGUUGACAUUCUGGCUAUCGAACACAGUUGUCCUAAGAGAGAUCAUUGCACAAACCUUUGGCAUUUCAAACCAAUCAACUACUGUUAUGAAGGCUUUUACACCAAAAAGUAGUGCAAAUAAGCUUUACAAGAAUUCUCCGCCAAUGCGAUGGAAAACCAACUCCAGUGUCAAGCAUGCUAGACCUACUAUCAUGCAGUUUCCUGAGGAUUGGCAGGAAACUUCUACGAUCUUGGGGGCACUGGAGAAGAUUGAAUCUUGGAUCUUUUCUCGGAUUGUUGAGUCUGUGUGGUGGCAGGCACUGACACCCCGUAUGCACACUCCCGUAGAAGAUUCAUCAACUCCAAACACUGGGGGACUGUUAGGGCAUUCUUUGGGUGAUCAGCAUCAAGGCACCUUUUCUAUUAAUCUCUGGAAGACAGCAUUUUGCGAUGUGUUCAACAGAAUAUGUCCUCUUCGUGCUGGUGGACAUGAGUGUGGCUGCUUACCUGUAUUGGCAGAACUGCAGGUGAUGGAGCAAUGCAUAGCUCGUUUAGAUGUUGCUUUAUUUAACGCCAUCCUCCGUGAAUCAGAGAAUGAGAUACCAUCUGAUCCAAUAUCCGACCCGAUUCUUGAUUCAAGGGUUCUGCCAAUUCCAGCUGGUGACUUGAGCUUUGGGUCAGGCGCACAGCUGAAGACUUCAAUUGGAAGCUGGUCUAGGUUGUUAAUGGAUAUGUUUGGCAUGGAUGGUGAUGGCUCUCACAAGGAUGGCCAAGAUGCAGGAGCAGAUCAUGAUGGUAGAAGAGAUGGAGCUGAAUCAAUUUCUUUUAAGCUGCUCAAUGAGUUGAGUGAUCUUUUGAUGCUCCCAAAGGACAUGCUUCUUGAGAAGUCCAUCCGGAAAGAGGUCUGCCCAUCGAUGGGCCUUCCACUAGUAACAAGAAUACUCUGCAACUUCACUCCUGACGAGUUCUGCCCUGAUCAUGUCCCUGGCUUAGUCCUAGAGGAGCUGAAUUCUGAGAGCUUAGUGGAGCGCUUCACAGAGAAAGACGUGAUCAGUACAUUCCCAUGCAUUGCUGCCCCUGUUGUGUACCAUGCCCCUCGAUUGGAGGAUGUAGCCAAGAAAGUGUCUGACACCAGUGGCAAUGCAGAGGUGGACCGAAGGGCCUCGAUUGUCCAGAGGAGAGGGUACACUAGCGAUGAUGAUCUGGAUGACCUAGGCUCUCCCUUGAUGUCCCUGUAUGAUCGGAGCACUCCACCCUCACCUUGUGACGGAGUGGCGUGUUUCAGCACUCGGCGAGCAGGCUCCAUGGCAAAUGUAAGAUAUGAGCUCCUGAGAGAAGUAUGGUCGGAGCACCUGAAGUGAUUGUCCGAGCAAACUUCAAGACCUCAUCGGUUGUUUCUUUGUACAAAAGGGUCGUAAGAAACUGUGUGUCCAGAGUGUGAAGAACCUGCUUUGCCUCCAGUGCCGAAUAAUCAAGGGUACUAGGAAACUUAGUGUUGUUUGCUUUGGUCUCUGGAUUUCCCCACUGCAAAAAUUCUACCCAUUUAUUCUUGUAUAUUGUUAUUCGAUGAUUCCACUCGCAGGUUAAGUUUUUAUUUCUGUAACAUAUAUAGCGGAAAGUUGGAAUGGAGAGAACGUCUCUGUUUCUCCAUUUUAUGAAUCAAA